AUGCUGGUGAAGGCGGAAGCCCUUGUGCCACCGGCCGAGGAGGAGCUGCUGCUGCUGGGCCUGGUCUCGCCCGCCCCCUCGCCCUCUCUGCCGUCCAGCGCCGAGGAGGAGGAGGAGGAAGAAGAGGAGGAGGAGCUGCGGGCUGCCCCGCCGGUGCGUCCCGUGGAGGCGUCGGGCGAGCGAGCGUUGAGGCGGGCGGAGGGGAAGCGGCGGCCGGGCCGGUGCCGCGGGAUCCCUCGAACGGCGGAGACGGCCCAAAGGAUCAAGCGGAGCCGACGGCUGAAAGCCAACAACCGAGAGCGGAACCGCAUGCACAACCUGAACGCGGCGCUGGACGCCCUCCGCGACGUGCUGCCCACCUUCCCCGAGGACGCCAAGCUCACCAAGAUCGAGACCCUGCGCUUCGCCCAUAAUUACAUUUGGGCUCUCACCGAAACCCUGCGGCUGGCCGGGGCGGGGAGGCUCGGGCCUGAAGCGGUGUCCGGGGGGAUCCCCGGAGGGGUCCCCGCUGAGGGCAGCCCCUCACCCGCCUCCUCCUGGAGCGGCGGCUCCGCCAGCCCCGCGCCCUCCGCCUCCCCCUACGCCUGCACUUUAUCCCCCGCCAGCCCCGCCGGGUCCGGCUCGGAACCCGAGCACUGGCCGGGACGGUUCGUCCCGCCGCCCCCCCCAGCCCCGCCGCUGCCUUUAGCCCUCACCCUCCCUCCCCACCGGUUCGGGGGUCCCGGGGCUCCCCCCAUCCAGGCUGGGGACGACGACAAGGAGGAGGAGGAGGAGGUUGGGGGGGUGUGGGGUGUGUGUGGCAUCUGCCCCAUUCCCAGGGCGGGCUGUGGGAAUGUCACCUGCCGAACCAAACCUUCUCUUUCUCUCCCCGAUGUGCACUUUGUCCGGUUUCCCAGAUCUGUCACCAAGGCUUUUGUGUGUCUGUCCCCCACCCACCCCCUUCUCCUGCCCCGCUCCCCUUUUUGCCAUCUGUCCCUUAUGAUUUAG